UAAUGCACGAAUCUGACGAGAUGUUCACAAGAUUGAUAACAAGAUUUGGAGUAAAAGCACUAGAAAAGAAGAAGGAGAAAGAUUUUAUGAAACACAUAGCUGCCAAAGCUGAAUAGAAGCCUGCAAUAAUUGCAGAGACUCAAAAGGCAAAGGAUGUGCCAGAUUUAAGCAAAUUAAGUAAUAUAUUGAAUUGAAGAGUUUAGGUGGAGCAGAGAUAUUAGCCUUAAAAAGAGAUGCUUCUAAAAUGCCUGAAUCAUAUUAGCCUAAUUUUGUGGAGAGCUUCUGGUAUAAAUAUUGGGAGGAGAAGAAGUAUUUCCAUGUUAGUGCAGAGGAGGCAUUAAAGAAUGAUAAGAGAUAUGUGAUGGUAUUGCCACCUCCUAAGUAAAUGAUUAAAUAAAGUUUUUAGUGUUACAGGAUAUUUGCAUUUGGGUCAUGGAUUGACAUCAGCAAUAGAAGAUUCAUUAACAAGAAUUCAUAGAUAGAGAGGAUAUGCAACAUGUUAUUUACCAGGAACAGAUCAUGCAGGAAUAGCAACAUAGACAGUUGUGGAGAAAGCAUUAGCAAAGCAAUAAUUGAAUAAAUGGGAGAUGGGAAGAGAGAAGUUUUUGGAGAAGGUUUGGGAAUGGAAAGAUAAGUAAUAAAUAGUAUUAAUAAAUUAAUAGACAUGGAGCAUAGAUAUUGGAAUAAUUGAGAAGAGUUGGUAGUUCAUUGGAUUGGGAGAGGUAUCAUUUUACAAUGGAUGAGUAAUUGAAAACGUAAAAUAAAUAGUAAUAUAUUAUUGUAGAGCAGUGACAGAAGCUUUUGUAUUGUUAUAUGAGAAGGGAUUGAUAUAUAGAGCAACAAGAUUGGUCAAUUGGUCCUGUUAAUUAAAGACAGCUAUUUCAGAUAUAGAAGUUACUUAUGAGGAUAUAAAGGAGCCAAUAAAAUUAAAAGUUCCAGGACAUGCUUAACCUGUUGAAUUUGGUUGGUUGACUCAUUUUGCAUAUAAAGUUAAGGAUUCAAAUGAAGAAUUGGUUGUAGCAACAACUCGUUUGGAAACAAUGUUAGGUGAUACAGCUGUGGCAGUAAAUUCAAAAGAUUAAAGAUAUGCUCAUUUGAUUGGUAAAGAAUUAGUACAUCCAUUUUGCAAUAGAGUGAUUAAGGUAAUUGCAGAUGAUUAAUUGGUUGAUAUGUCAUUUGGUACAGGUGCUGUUAAAGUGACACCUGCUCAUGAUCCUAAUGAUUAUGAAUGUGGAUAAAGAUAGAAAUUAGAAUUUAUUUAAAUUUUUGAUGAAGAUGGUAAGAUAAAUUAAAAUGGUGGAAAAUAUGCUGGUAUGAUGAGAUUUGAUUGUCGUCGUUAAAUGGAAGAGGAUAUGAAAUAAUUAGGUAUAUAUAGAGAUAAGACACCAAAUUAAAUGAGACUUGGAUUAUGUUCAAGAAGUAAAGAUGUUAUUGAACCUAUGAUUAAACCAUAAUGGUAUGUAAAUUGUUAACACAUCAAAUAAAGAAUGAUUGAUGUUGUAAAAAAUGGAGAAUUGGUUUUAAUUCCUUCUGAAUAUGAGAAUGAAUGGUUUAGAUGGAUGGAUGGUUUAAGAGAUUGGUGUAUUAGUAGAUAAAUAUGGUGGGGUCAUAGAUGUCCAGCCUAUUUAGUUAGUAUAAAUGGUAGUUAACCUGAUACUAGUAAUUAAGAUAAUUGGAUUGUUGCUAGAUCUGAAGAAGAAGCUUUAAAGAAAGCAGUUGCUAAAUAUAAUAUUCCUGUAGAAUAAAUUAAAUUGUCUCAGGAUGAAGAUGUAUUGGAUACUUGGUUUUCUUCUGGAUUGUUUCCAUUUUCUACUUUUGGAUGGCCUGAUACUAAUAAUCCAGAUUUUAAGGCCUUUUUCCCUAAUACUAUUCUUGAGACUGGUUGGGAUAUUCUAUUCUUUUGGGUUGCUAAGAUGGUUUAAUUUUCAUUAGAAUUCUUUGAUAAGGUUCCAUUUAAAUAUGUGUUCUUACAUCCAUUAAUAAGAGAUAAGGAUGGAAAGAAGAUGUCAAAGAGUCUUGGUAAUGUGAUAGAUCCACUUGAAAUAAUUGAUGGAACAUCAUUAGAGAAUUUGAAAUAAAAGAUAUAUGAAGGUAAUUUAUCAAAAGAUGAAAUUCAAAGAGCCAUAAAAUAAAAAGAAGAAGAAUUUCCAAAUGGUAUUCCAGAAUGUGGUGGAGAUGCAUUAAGAUUUGGUCUGUUAAGUUAUUUAUAAAAGACUCCAAAUAUUAAUAUGGAUGUUAAACAUAUUAUUGGUUAUAGAUAAUUUUGUAAUAAGAUUUGGAAUAGUUGUAGAUUUGCAUUUCCAAAAUUACCUAAAGAUAUAAAUUAUGUAAAAUUAGAAUUAAAUAAUUUAUAAUUAAUAAAUUAAUGGAUCUUAGUAAAACUCAAUUAAACAAUAACAGGAGUUAAUGCUGCAUUUGAUGAUUAUGAAUUUGGUUAAGCAACUUAAAAUUUCCAUUAAUUUUGGUUAUAUGAUUUUUGUGAUAUUUAUUUAGAAGGAAUUAAAAAUAUUUUAAGUGAUAAAAAUUAAGAUUAAAAAAUUAAACUUGAAACUUAAUAAACCUUAUUAACUGUUUUAGAUUAAGGAUUAAGAUUAUUACAUCCAAUGAUGCCAUAUUUAUCUGAAGAAUUAUGGUAGAAAUUACCAUGUUAAAAGGAAGAUUCAUUAAUCAUAGCUAAGUAUCCUUCACCUAAUCCAUAAUGGAUCAAUUAAGAUGUUGAAAUCUAAUUUGAUUUAGUAUUAAAUAUCUCAAAGAAAUUAAGAUCAGUAAUUAGUAAGUCUUAAUUACCUGCAAAUGUAAGACCUGAUGCUUAUGUAUUGAAUUUGAUUGGAGAAAAAUCCUUAGAUGAUUUAAUUAAAUAAUAAGCAGAUAUCAUUUGUUUAUUAGCUAGAAUAAAAUCAGUAAUAUAUUAUUAUUAAUAUUUUAGAUUACAGUAAUUUAAUAAGAAACUGAAUAACAUAAAUAAUGUGGAGUUGAUACUUUAGAAGCAAAACUUAAGAUUUUUGUUAAUAUGAAAGAUAAUAUUGAUCUUACAAAAGAAGUAAAAUUCUCUUAAAUAACAUAUUUAGAAUGAAAGAUUAGUAAAGAAAUUGAAUGAGUUAAUUAAAUAUAUUAAUGCUCUCUAAGAUAAAAUGAGUAAAUACAAUGAUAAAGUACCAGAUCAAGUCAAAAAAACUGAUAUGGAGAAAAUGGAAAAAUAUCAUUAAGAGAAGUUAUUGACAGAAUAAUAAAUUGAGAGUCUUAAAAAAUGAG